UUUUGUAAACUGAACCACGCCCAACCUACGAUGCGAUGUCCCAAAGUGGGAAAUACCGAUUAGGUCCGAGUCCCAACAACUAAAGUCUAUUCAUGACUUCGCCUUCUUGAAGAACACCUGAAUCUGAGAAUUCUUUCCUUCGUCAACACAAGUCGAAGCGAAUAAGAACAGACAGAAAGAGUAGAGGACUUGUUGAAGAAUCCAAUCCGAUUUUCCCUUUUUACUGAAGGAUAUCAGUUCUGAGCUGCUGCUUAUACAUCUUGCUAUGUCAUCAUGAUAAGUUGUUCUCCCAUCUCUACAUGCGUGAAACAUGUUGUCCGCCUUAGUAGGUAUGAUGGAAAGCAAAAGACUGCUCAAGUUUGUGUUAUGGUGUCUCAUUCACAAUCAAACGCAUGCUGUUUCCAUUUCCAUGCUGGCGACUCCCAACCUAGAUAUGCUGGUUUGACCAUCUCUGGGAACUUCUCCAAAUGGAGUAGAAACUGGCAUCCAUUAACUAUCAAAAGCUCAGCAAAUUCUACAGGACAGCAGAGAACAUGUCUAGGGAGUUCAUCACCAUCGCAAAACAUUUUUGUAAGGCUUUUGGUGCCAAGACGAGAAAUAUGUACCAAAGUUAGGUGGAAUUUCAGACCCACAUCUCCACAGCAAGGUGGUACCUCUGGUGGCCUGAUUUUUGGCUUGCUGGUUUGCUUUUCAAAUUUCAAUCCAGUAUAUGCUGCAGUGGCCAAAAGGAAGAAGGAUCACAAGGACGAUUAUGAGUCCUCCGAGACCACUUAUUCACAUGGGAAGAAAGUUUACACUGACUAUUCCAUCACAGGCAUACCUGGAGAUGGGAGAUGUAUGUUCCGCUCAGUGGCACAUGGUGCUUGUCUACGAUCUGGUAAACCGUCUCCUAGUGAGAGCCUUCAGAGAGAAUUAGCAGAUGAAUUGCGAGCCCGAGUUGCAGAUGAGUUUGUCAAAAGACGAGAAGAGACAGAAUGGUUUGUGGAAGGAGAUUUCGACACAUAUGUUUCACAAAUUAGGAAGCCACAUGUAUGGGGAGGUGAACCUGAGUUAUUCAUGUCCUCACAUGUUCUCCAGAUGCCAAUCACUGUCUACAUGUAUGAUAAGGAUGCUGGUGGCCUGAUUACCAUUGCUGAGUAUGGCCAAGAAUAUGGUAAGGAGGAUCCUAUCAGAGUCCUCUAUCAUGGUUUUGGCCACUAUGAUGCAUUGCAGAUUCCUGGGAAGAAUUGUGUUAGAUCAAAUCCAUAGCAUGCUUCAUUAGAUUCAAGAUGGGGAGUGGAAAAUAGGAAAAGUUUAGAAGAAAAGAAGAGAAAAAAAGGCAAGGUUAAUUAGGAUGAGCAAAAUACAUGGAACACAAUGUCUUAUUCUUUUAUGUAUCUUUUAUUUCAUCUAUAAAUCAAGGUAAUUUUCUUUGUCCUAGUA